AUGAAGUCAAGCAGUACAACUACUACUACACAUGGUUCAUCAAGUAGUGGCGUGUUCAACGCUGCUCACGCACAUAAAGAGAGGGAUGCAGACGCUUUCUCAAUUCGCGAUAGCCAGAUAGAGUCGGUCAAUAGGAUGUUGAAUGUCAAGUCGGUCAAUGACUCAAAGACCAAUUGGCAGGAGGUCUGGAAAGUGUUGAUAUUCGAUCAGUACUGCAGCACGAUCAUUGCACCAAUCUUGACCAAGGGUCUGCUGCGCCAGCAGGGCAUCACACUGCAUCUGAUGCUGCACAGCGAGCGCCAGCCCAUCCAGGACGUGCCUGCUAUCUACUUUGUCAUGCCGACACAAGACAACAUCAAGCGCAUUGCUGAGGACUGCCGCAAUCACUUGUACGACAGCGUCUAUGUCAACUUUGCCACAAAGGUGCCCACGGCGCUGCUCGAGGAGUUGGCAACGCUCACGAUACAGUAUGAUGUUGUGCAUCUCGUGUCCAAGGUACACGACCAGUUCCUCAACUACAUCUCGCUCGAGAAGGACCUGUUCGUGCUGAACAGUCCACACUCAUCAUACGCAUCAUUCAACAACAACGCGAUCAAGGAUACCAAGGCGCAGGAGAACAUGGACAUCGUUGUCGACUCGUUGUUCUCUGUGCUGGUGACGAUGGGCGUCGUGCCCAUUAUCCGAUGCCCCAAGAACACGGCGGCCGAGAUGAUCGCACAGGCGCUCGAGAAGAAGAUCAGCCAGCAUCUGGCCACGUCGGGCAACCUGUUCAGCGCCAAUGAGAACAGCAGCGGCGCCAUGUCGAUCUACCAACGCCCGGUACUCAUCCUGCUCGACCGAAACAUUGAUCUGUCUGUGAUGAUGCAUCAUCCGUGGACCUACCAGGCAUUGGCACACGACAUUCUCGAUAUGAAGCUCAACCGUGUCAAGGUGGAAGUCACCAACGACAAUCAGACCAAGCGCGUCCCCUACGACCUCGACUCGUCAAUCGACACGUUCUGGCAGAAUAACACUGGCGCUCCGUUCCCCAACGUGGCCGGCGAGGUCAAGGCCGCCAUCAGCGACUACACCGCCGAGAAGGAGAAGAUCGGCUAUAUGACCGAUGUGACGGACGACAGCAGCACGGAGCCCGGCAAGCAGGCCUCGGUCGAGAACCGCGCCAAGGGCCUGGGCGACCUGGUCAGCUCGCUCAAGGAGAAGAAGCGUCUGAUCGACCUGCACACCAACCUGGCCACCGACCUGAUGAAGCACAUCCGUGAUCGACAGAUCGACUACUUCUUCUCGAUGGAGGAGGCCAUCAUCACACGAUCACUCGUCGACAAGAAGGAGCUGACAUCGCUCAUCACCAGUCCACCAUUUGGCAAGGAUGGUGGCAGAGGAACGCUCGAGGACAAGGUGCGUCUAUUCCUCAUCUACUUCAUGUCGUCCAAGACCGUACCAGAGAUGGAGCAAUUCGAGGAGGCGCUCAAGGGUAUGGGUGCGGACCUAAAAUCGAUCGAGUACAUCAAGAAGAACAAAGCAUUCAAAGAGAGUCUGGCCAUAGUCAAUUCAUCAAGCCAGUCAUCCUCAGCCACUGCCAAAGCCAGUGGAUUCCUACAAAUGUUCACUCCUGUUGAAUCAUUCACCAACUACUUCUCACAAGGUGUACGAUCAUUGUUGCCAAAGAGCAAGGACUUGUUUGUGACUAGAGUUGUCGAGUCUAUAAUGGACCUCAAAAACACAUUGGAUGCCGACUAUAUCUACCUGGAUCCAAAGAUACAGAACAAGAAUAAUGUCACCAGACGUACCUCACCAUUCAAGGAUGCCAUUGUAUUUGUAGUAGGAGGUGGCAACUAUGUUGAAUAUCAGAAUCUUCAAGACUUUGCCAAGAAACAAAACAAGAAGAUCAUUUAUGGAACUACAGAGUUGUUGACAUCUAAAGAGUUCAUAGAACAGACCAAAGAACUGAGCUUGUGA